UGUGGUGAAGUUCAGCUGCGCGCCCUUGUUCCGCACGCGCGUCACCGGCGCGCAGAGGAGCUUCCCGACGCGAGGGGAGGAUGCAGCGGCGUGUGGAUCACGACCAUGGGAGGCUCUGAAUAUGACACCACUCGUCGCUCCAAUACGCUCCUCUCCUCCUCCUCCUCCUCCUCCUCCUUCCGCGGCUGAGCUCUAGUCCAGCUGCGUUCGGAUUCAGAGAGCCGGCGGAACGUGAACACCUCGACUCGGUCCCUCGCGGUUAUGUUGUAGUUUCACUCGGACGAGGCUGCGUGCGUUCUGUGCGGGGUCUUUUUUUCCCCCUUCUUUUUCUUUUUCGGAUUCAGGAAAUGUUGACAUGGCCACGUCGGGAGCACAGAAGUGUCCGAAGAGCGAGAAGUUGGACGAGGCGCAGGCUUUGGCCAAGAGCUGCGCGGGCAGACCAGACUUCCUGCCUUGCGACGGACUCUCCAUCUGCGCGACGCACAGCCACGGGAAGUGCUUCAAGCUGCACUGGUGCUGCCACUUGGGCUGGUGUCACUGCAAAUACGUGUACCAGCCCAUGACCAAUGUGUGCCGGCUCCCGAGCACAACCGUGCCACUCGUUGACUCAGAGUACAGCAACACCAUCGACCUGUCCGUCUCUCUGGCUGAGCGCUUCCUGAAGCUCGCCCCCUGCUUCCAGUCCCCGCCUCACCUGGAGUCACCCAAAUACUGCGUCAUCGCGGACCUGUUUGUGGACGACUACAUCGUCAAGCGCAUCAGCGGGAAGAUGUGCUACGUGCAGCGCCCCCCGCCUCCCAUACCAGAACCGCCUCAACCUCCUACCCCUCCCCCACCAGCUCCGGCUACAUCGCAGAUGCCCCAAAAUCCCGCUCAGCAUCGGCAACCGGUCAAGCCCGCGCCGCCGACCCAACACGCGGCUUCACCUGCGCCUGUGCAGCCAGUCCAGCAGAUGUGCAGUGAACACAAACACCCCUCCCCCUUGGAUAAGAUCAAAGGCCCCAAAAUGGACCACUGCUCCUCUCCGUCCAGCUCCGAGGACUCUGGCAUCAACGCGCUGGGUCUACACUUCCUGGAGUCCUGCGAGGAGGAGAGCGAGGAAGAGGACGACGACGAGUUGAGCUCAGAGGGAAACUCCAGCCCCGGCAGCCUCUGGGAUCAAGACGACUGCUCUGUGCUUUCUCCCUCCAAGUCUAUGAUAGAGAUCAUUGAAAAGAUCGAAACAACUGUGUAACUGUCAUGAUAUGGACAAGGACACCAGCUGAGAGGGAGUGCGAUUCACAGCACAAAAGCAUAUUAAUGAGAAUAAUACUAGAGGAUUCAUUUUACAUGGACCAAUAGGAAAACAAAGCCCCCUUUCCAACACCUCAGCAGGGCUACGUCGGGUUGUUUGGAUUUGAAUUUGUUGUCCUGCGGGUGGCCGAGGACUGUACGUUCUGCACUCUCUCACACAACCUCUGCUCUGUCCGUGUCCCCUGCAUGGAGUUAAUUUUAACAACUUAUUACAAUAGAGGAGAAAAAGGAAGCACAUGCAUAUCAAGCACAUGCACUGUGACCCACAUGAACCUUUUGUACAUGGUAAUUAUACGGCGAAAAAUAGGUACCCUUCCUGCAGAGAAAAAGUGAAAAGUUUCUGAACGUUUACUGUCGGUAUAUAUUACUGGAGAUAAACCAUGUGCGAUCAGAGGAGAUUUGAGUAGGUUUCAUGGUGAUAAUAAGCAGUUAAGUAAUUCUUAGCGUUCUGACCGUCAGACUUUAUUCUAAUUGAACAUUCAAGAGGCGGAUAAGCGUGCCAUUUCUUCUUCACGGUUCAGCGGCUCCACCCACACACGUUGGCUAUUCUGACACUUCAACAUAAUAACCACAAGGCCAGCUACCUCUUGUGGGCCUAAAGCACAUCAGCCUUUUAACCCGUUAAUCACUGAGCUCCGAGCUGCUGUGACGACUCUGCGUUUAUUGCGUUUAUUGAAAAAAGAAAUACAAAAUAGCCAGCUCACAGUUUGUCUGCACUUUACUGACACCAACACGAUGAGUAGUUAGGUAGGACAGUGUUCGACAAUCAAGGAUUACACAGAAGCACAUUCCUAUCAAGUACCUUCCAGUGAGGACCAAGGAUAAUCGUAGGCAUCAACACAUGGCUCUGACCACCUUUUUUCUGGUCAGGCUGAAGUGAACUGCAUCACUGUUCAAGGUUAAAUGGGGCGUUUAAGCAAAAAUGACUUGUUCUGACCUCUAUCAGCAGCCAAGAAAUUAAAUAGCAUGGACGUGUCUCUGGCACAGCUACAGCAGCAACAGACGGAGUCAUGUUGUCACAGCAGAGACUAGUAAGACACCUAUAUAUCUAAUAUAUACUCAUAUACUUCAUAAAUAAUAAAACAGCAUUGUUACUUGCUCUACGGGCUUUAGAGGGAAACGACUUGUGAUGCCGACUGAAAGGGGGAUGUUGACUUUGUGUCACAGUUAUUUAGUGCUGUGGGGCAGGAAAGUUCACGUAAUGCACCUUUAGAAGAAGAUUACAGUAGGUAUGGAAUAGGGUGUUGAAUAGGUGUUUUGAUGUUGUGAUGGACAUAGUGUUAUAAGAAAUACACUCAAAUAUGAAUUUAGUGAGAUAGCCCAUUAUUAGUCAGUUAGUAAAAUGAAGCUAGGCUGGGACUAAUUUUUUUUUUCUUGUCCUUCAAUUUAUUUCCUGGAGAGUUAUCAGCCAAAAUCACUAUAAUGUUCACAGAUAUGUAUUGAUACAAUGCUACAAGCACUGGCUGUAAAAGUAAUUUUUGCAUGACCAUUCAUUUGCAGAGGUCCCUCGUGUCAAAAAUCAAUUUAACAAAAGAGUGAUCAGAGAGCACAAAUCAAGUAUCAGUUCAAAUUCAAAUAAAAAUCUUUUCUUUUUUUUCUUCUUUUUUUUAAUUCAGGGACAGCCCUUGGCAUUACACUGACCACGGUCCCGCACCUGAAACAUGUCAUAUGUUCCUAUUAUUGUUAUAUUAUUUUCAUAUGAAUAAAUCCUAAUGAAACUCA